AUGACCAAACUCUCAAGCACAUUCCAAGUCCACGACGAGCGCUUUCACUCUAUUCUCGGUCCAUCUCCGACGCUGGAAUUACUAGCAGAAAACGAAUUAUGCCCAUUUGCCCACGAAGCAGGCAUUUUUAUUGCUUCCACAAACCACCUCUUCAUAACCAGUAGCCGCAUCAGGAACACCCAAGGCGAACAAUUCGUACGGAUCACCCGCGUCCAUCUUAAUGAAACCCCAGUCAAAUGCGAAGAGAUUCCAACCCAGAUCCCCCUCGCAAACGGCGGGGUCAACUACGGCGAUGAUGGGCCGAGUGGAUUAUAUCUUAUGUCCACGACACCACCAUAUACCACUAAACUUCUGAAAGAAGACUUCUAUGGCCGUCCAUUUAGCUCCGUGAACGAUGUGAUUGUCCACUCAGACGGAUCGAUCUGGUUUACAGAUCCGACGUAUGGUUUCGAACAAGGGUAUCGGCCGAAGCCCUCUUUACCAAGCCAAGUAUACAGAUGGAAUCCAGUGAAUGGGAAUAUUCGGGCAAUGGCUGAUGGAUUUGGAAAGCCGAACGGGAUUUGCUUUUCCCCUGAUGAGAAGACCGUUUAUGUGACUGAUACGCACUGGUUACAUGGUGAUGGUAGUAUAGAUGACCAAAAGGUUUCAUCAAUUUACGCAUUUGACGUGUCGACCUAUCACGCCGAACCCUCCCUUACGAACCGGAGACUCUUCGCAAUGGCCGACAAAGGCAUUCCUGAUGGAAUCAAGUGUGAUCUAGACGGCAACGUGUUUAGCGGCUGUGGUGACGGGGUCAAUGUCUGGUCCCCUGGAGGUGUCCUCCUCGGACGUAUACUGAUUGACGGCGGAGUUGCGAAUUUCUGCUUCGGCAGGAAUGGUGAAAUAUUCGCAUUGAAUGAGCAUCGGCUGUGGAGGGUCCAGCUGGGAGGGGAUGUUAAGGGCGCAUUAUUAGGAAUCUAA